AUGAAGGACAAACGCGGUGCAUACGUCGCUCUAAACGAGCGCAUGCUAUUGUUGAAGAUGCUGCUUCGUUGGAAGGGCUCAAUCUGGCAGAAGCUUUACUACGACAUCCUAACCUAUCUGGGCUUCUACAUCUUAGUCAGCCUGCUCUAUCGGUUCGUCUUCGCCGAGUCUCCGAAUUCAAAGCGGUCAUUUGAAGGUUUCGUCAACUAUAUUCAGAAGAUAGCAUCCAUUGUGCCACUCACCUUUCUACUAGGCUUCUUCGUCUCCACUGUGCUCAGACGGUGGUGGAGCUUCGUGAAUACCAUUCCUUGGAUGUCAAAGCCGGCCUUUUAUGUGCAGGCCUAUCUAAACGCCGAUAAGAGUGAGUACGCGGCAGACAUCUUCCAAAUGCGCAACACAAUACUACGAUACCUUAACCUGGCCUGGAUUCUGCAGAUGACGAAGUUAAGCCAUACUAUCCGAACCAGAUUCAAGUGGCGAUCAAAGGGCUUCCAUGAAGAGGGCGGCGCUCUGACCUGUUGUGGUUGCUGUCCGAUCGGCAGGCAGAAGUCGAGUCAACCAAGGAUCCGCUACGAUGAAAUGCUCUGCAGCAUCAACGAAGAUGUCACGGUCAAAGCGACCUUUGGCCAGUUGAUCACUCCAGAUGAAGUCGAGGUGUUUAGGUGUCGAGCGAGAGCCAAAGGUCAGUCAAUCGGAGUGUCAGCCAAAGGCAGAACUGAAAGUUACUAUGAGAGUAAUGCAAGGGGCUAG